GAUUCUGCCGGUACCUGACAGAUGCAGGAAGGUUUCAGUGUGACAAGUGUGACAAAUCUUUUAAUGCUUUCAGAUCCCUGGGUAAGCACCUCCAGCAGGUUCACGAGAAUGAAGGAUUGGUCGAGGAGAAUGGGUUAGAGGAUACCAAUAUAAUGAUAUCAAAUAUACAAUCACUGGAGAACACAGAACAUGAAAACAAGAAGAAAAGGAAAAGAAAAGAAAAGAAACCAGAUUCUGAGAUGGAAGAUUUUAUAGUGGACGAAAGUGAUGAAGAUGAGGAAGAAGCAUUUAUACGAAACCUGAAGUUGAAGAAGAAGAAGGAGGAGAAGAAGAAGGAUGGCGGAGGAAAGAAAAGGACGAGUGGCAACUGUGUUUGUGAUUAUUGUGGGAAAGGGUUUUCAAUCCAGAAGUAUUUAGACUCCCACAUGACAAACAAGCAUCCAGAGAAAAGUGAGAUAAACCAACAUAUUGAGGAACAGAACGGGACCUACAAGUGUAUGUUAUGCCAAAAAAGUUUCAGUAUUGCUCGUCGCUGCAGAUAUCACUUAAAAUUCAAGCAUAAAAUCGGCGCCAAAUUCUCGUGUGACCAAUGCACUAAAAAGUUCUACUACGAAUAUGAUCUUGAACUCCAUAAACGUUUCCAUAGCGCUGCUCGGAACUAUGUCUGUGAUCUCUGUGGUAAGGGAUUCCUUCUCCAGACCGUAUUACAGAACCACAAGCACAACAUGCACUCCACCAGGGAGGAGAAGGAGAAGAACAGGAAGUUUGUCUGUUCCUUCUGCGCUAAGGGGUUCUUCAGCAAGUCCGCGCUCCAGGAGCACGAGUUCCUGCACAGUGAUAAAAAGAACUUUCACUGUGAUAUGUGCGGAUUGAGUUUUAAACAAUCAAGUGGACUAAGGGCGCAUAAUAAUAGGCAUCAUAGUGAGGUAGGUCCUAAACCUGUUACAGAGGAGCAUAAGGAGAAGAUGAGAGCAUAUAUGAAGAAGUACAGAGCUAUUAAAGCAGGAAAAUUGCCCGAUAUAAUUAACCACAGUUUCCGCAGCAAGAGCAAAAAUCCGCCAAAAACCGAGGAACUGGUUUUACAUACUCUUGAGCAUGACGUCAUAGCGGUCCAGGCGCCGUUCAAGGGUGAGCAUAACGUCAUAACGGUCCAAGCUCCGUUCAAAAGUGAACAGAUCCUACAUCGGGAAUAUCAGGGAAGAAAUCUUGGUGGAGAUAAAAUAACCGUCAAUCGUUACUACUUACAAAAUAUCUAAAUUAAUCUUUAAUAAUUCGUAAACAUUUUCAUAAUGUAACAAACAUAUCUUAAUGUUAAAAUUAGUAAAAAAAUUCUUCUUCUUUUUACAAAAGUUUGACUCGAUAAAUGAAAUGAAUACGGGUGAAAGAAAGUAUACAAUAAAUGAUGCCCGUCCAAUUUGUGUGUAAUAUUAAUAUUUUAUAUGUUUUAGUUGAUGAUUUAUAUACAAUAUUAUAAAACAAUGGCAAUAAUCAAAUCAUAUGUUACCAAGUAACGUUUUACUAUAGUGUAACAAAGUACAAAAUUUCCUUUAUUUCAAUAUUUCAUUUUAUCAUAAGUAAGAUCAUUAGAUCCCUCUUUACAGAUUUGUAUAUGUAACGACUAAUUUUAACCUUUUUAAUUUUUAUGAUUUAGAUGAAUAAAGACGAUUAUAGACAAAAUGCACAAGGUUAAGAUUGAAAACUUUUUAAAAUCUUUUUUCUAUAUUUCCUUUUUUUAGGAAUGGAAAAUAAAAACAAGAAAAACCCUUAUCUGCUAUUCAUUUUUUUGUUAAUUUUUACUAAAAAGUUUCUUUUCUCAAUCUUACAUUUUCGCGAACGAAUGGUAAAUUAAAAAUAUCGCCUCUCAAUUUAUUUAUUUGUUAAUUAAUUAAUUUGAUGAAGAAAUUCUUUAAAACUGCAAAAGUUUCAAUAAACAAGUAUCUAUGAAA